AUUCAAAUGACUUCGUAUCCAGGAUGAGGAUAAAAUGACAGAGAAUGACAAAAGAAUUAUUCUCUGCAGCCUUCCAGCAACCCAUUGCAGAGUUGCUUGCGGACUGGCAUUUUCGGAAUAACAAACAAUGGAAAUGAAUGCUUUAUGAACGGCACAUUGCAGUUGUUACUUGCACAAAAAGAUUUAUUACAGUAUUUACGAGAAUGCCAGGAAUCGGACGUCUUAAGCUAUCCCCAAGAAUUUUGGGAAUUCUUCGAGGCUGUGUGGGAUCAGCAAGAGAAUGGGAAUUAUGUGAUGGAGCUAAAGUUUAUGCUGAACAGAGGUAGGCUUUCCUACCUCUGCAAUGGUCAGCAGCAGGAUGCAGCGGAAUUCCUAAGUGAAUUCAUACAGCUACUGCACGAGCUAAACCCGGCUGGACUAUUCGGGUCCCCCAAUGAUGGCGAUUCUCAAUCCAGGCUGGAAUGGAAUGAUUUCCUCCAGUACAAGAGCGUCUCAAACAUGUUCGCCAUGCAAUUAGAAAUGCGUACUCGAUGCACCAACUGCGCAAUCUCAAAGAGGAGCUAUGAGCAUUUUAAAAUACUGACGCUCCACUUCCCUGAAGACCAGGUUAACGGAACAGUGUCAUUCUCGAGUCUACUUGAGGAACGGCUGAAGACGACUGAUAUGGAUCGUGAAUGUGAAGAGUGUGGCACAGUGCAGCCAGCAAUACGAAAAACUCGAUUUAGGAGAUGCCCACCAAUCUUGGUUAGUAAUAUUAAUAAAUAGAAUAAUUUUAAAUAGAUGCUUAUUGAGCAAUAAUUAAUAACCCAACUUAUUAGGUAAGUUAGAAUGUACUUCAAGAACAAAAUAUGGUGCUCACAAGUCAAUAGUUCAAUAGUAACUAGCACAAAGAAACAAUAGCCUUUUGUUCAAAAUAUCCAAUCACUAUAGAAAUAAGGUUAUAUUUAAUAAACUAUUCCACUAUCUUCAAGCGUCAACUUAGUGAAAAUGAUGUUUCUAUAAACAUGGAUAAUGGAUAGGCAUAUGUUUAUCUACUAGUCCGGGCGCAAAUCUCAUGAAAAAGGCACUUCGUGGUCAUUUUCGGGUAACAGCCGUGGAAGAUGUCAAUUUCUUCGUUAGGUCUA